AUGGCUCUGCUCCUCACCAUUCUUGCGGCUGUGGCUGUGGUGGGAUCUGCAUUUGACAGGAAUCUGAGAGGCGACGAGGCGAAAGGGAACAGCUCCAACACCAGUUCCGAAGCUGCUUUGUCACUGACCGGACGUAACGUGAGCUGGACCCAGCCGGUUGUCGAGGUUGCAAACUUUACGGAGUAUGUCAGAACCAGCUUCGACUUCUUCAAAUCUACUUGGAAGAGCAUGUUCGGCAACUCCUCUGACAGCAACCGCAACGACACUGGUGAUGGCAUCAAGCGCAGGUCCUGCCUCUGCAUUUUCGAUGUUGACAGGACGCUGACUGGAAGACAAGGUGAUACACACAGCUGCCCAGGUUGCAAAGCACGCCAUGCAGCGCGGCUGGCUUCCGAGCUGGGUGUUGCCAAGGCAGAAGUCUACAUGUUCGAUGACAAGGCAAGCAACAUCAACCCUUUUCGUGGCACUGGGAUGAAUGCUCAUCAGGUGCACCAGGGGCUGCCACCAACAACCGGUACGAAGUACGGCAUCAACUGUUUCUUCAAUGACAAGCCUAUGCGGCGAUUCGUUUGCGAAGGCUCAGACCCUGUGCCUGCGAAUCCUCGCAUCAACGGUGAAGAAAGCAGUGGACCGGAGACCUUCCUGGACCCAUUGCUUCUGCAGCAGCCAGUGGAGCGUCCAGCCGAGAAUCCGCAACUGAAGCCGGGAGGACGUUGCUUUCGAAGGCUUCGAGUGUCUAAAGAGCCUGCAUUAUGGGUCGUGCCGGACCUUGUUUCUGGACGGGAAGCCCGUCUGCUUAUGGAUGUUGUCGACAAGCAGCAAGGGCGCAUUCCGCCGAACAGCCCGCGUGAACAAGGGUCGGAUGGGGAGGUGGAAGAGCUCCUCGCAGACCUGCAAGAACGCUUGCGAGCAGCUGCAGGAUCUGCAUCUCAGCUGGAGUUGCUGGAGCUUCGUCGACUUGCGCCAUCAAAGCAGGCCAGUGCCGGAGCGCCGGUCAUUACCGCUCCCAGCACUACCGCACACGCUGAAAACUUCCGGGCAGUCUACCUCUUCCUGAACGACAUUCCAGAUGGAGGUGGUGGAGAGUUGCAUUUUCCGAAGAUUCGCGUGAAAGUCCGCGCAAGGCGCGGCUUUGCGGUCGUUUGGAACUGCGGCCGGAACGCUGGCCAGGAAAUUGGGCAAGACCAUCUCGGGCUACCUCCGCAGACAUGUGCUAGGUAUGGUGCAGCAUGCAGCUUUUCCACUGAGUCGGGGUGA